UCCAGGUGGCUGCCAUGCCGGCGCUGGUGGAUGAGGAAGGGGCCGAGAGCUGGAGCCAGGCCCCACCACUGUAUGAGGAGUACCGCCCACCACCACUGGAUGCCAUCCGCCUGCCCAGGUAUGUGCUGUACCUGCUGCUGGCUGCGCUCCUGGUGGUGGCCGUGGCCUAUGCCAUUGUUGGGCAUCUCAUCAAGGACCUCGCCCACGACCUGGCCGACUGGGCUUUUGGCCCAAAGCCAGACCAGGAGGAUGCCCCCCGGGAGCUGCACCCAAGCCUGGAGGGUGAGGAUCUGGAGGAGCUAGACCUGCAGCUGGCCCUGGCCUGGCGAGGUGAUGAGGACACUGGCGGGCGUGGCGAGGGGACCCCUGCAGUAGCCCCUGCCCCCCACCGCCCCUCCAUCGCCUUCAAGGAACCGCUCAUUCGAAGCUCCUUCUGGAGGCUGAGCUGAGCUGGAUGCCAGCCCCUGUGACCUGGUACAGACUGGACUUGUGCUUGCCGGAGCCCUUCCUCCACUGGCCUGCCCUGUCUCUGCAGAGAACGUUCUUCUUGGCCGGCAGGCUCUGGUGGCUGGACGCUGACCGUUCCUGCACUCCUGCUCCCCCAAGCCCCCAGAACCUGACUCCACCCAGUCUCUGCCAAGCUUCUGGUGAUCUGUAAAUCAAGAAAGCCAAGGAGAUUUCUAAAAUAAUAAUAAUAGUAGCCAGCCCUUCCCUAAUGCUUUGUAUGUGCCUGCUAUUGUGUUAAGCCCUUUCCAUGUAUUAUCUCAUUUAAUCCUGAGUGGGACUUCGUGUCCCCAUUUAACAGAUGGAGAAAGAGAGGCACACAGCUAAAAAAUGACUUGGUCCCACUCUUCUGAAUUCUUCUCCCACUCGCUCUGCUGGGCUCCCCUACCUCCAAAUCUUUUCCACCUGCACCCCCAUCCCCCACCUCAUUCCCGGCUCUGCUGCUCCACCACUGGCUCUGUCUCUGGGGGUCCUAACUUCCCAAUUAGCCUGAGAACUCUCGGAGGACAGUCUCUGAAGCUUCCUUCGCUUCCAAACUUUGCACAGGACAGGGCACACAGUAGGAGCUUCAUAUAUGCCUGCUGGCUGGAUGAAGUGGGCCUGUUCUAGGGCUGGGGUGUCUGAGCAAUGUCACAUGAGUGAUUCAUCUGCAUGGUGGUUAUAUUCAGACAGCAGGAAAGGAGGAGGCUCCAGGUAUACAGUAGGCACUCCAUAAAUGCAUGUGCAAUGAUGCUGGCAUUCUCCAGGCCCCAGGGACCCUGUGAAUGUCUCACAGGGCCUUGAGAAGUGCGAGGCCCUCAUCCCCUUGGCCUUCCUGCCACGUGCCUGGGCUGUGGCUGUUCUGUGGCAUCUGGGGUGGGGUUCUCCUUCACCCAAGCAGGGCUCUGUAUCUAAUCAACCCGGGGACCAAGGUUGAUGGGCAGGAGAGCCCAGAGCCUGAGUCAUCAGCUGCCUGGGGUGCCCUGUUCUCUGGCCAGGUGGGAGUGGCUGGGUUUGGUGGUGGCUGGUGGGCAUGUUGCGUAUCCCAUCCAGUCCAGGUACUCACCCCAUCGGUGACUGUGGGUCCCCAGGGGUCAGGGGGCCAGGAUACAGCAGCAUAAGCCAGUGGUGAGGGCGACCCGAGGUCACAUGCCAACUCUGGCUAUUUCUGCACAAGCUCGGAGCUCCCAGCCUCCCUGAGCAGCUAUGAAACGGAGGCAGUCAACUUUGUGGGGUGUCAGGGGAAGAAACAACGUGACACCUACAAAUGCUGAGCCCGGGCCCAGGAGAGAAGGUCAGGGCCGUCUCCACCUGACCCCUGAGGCGGGGAGCCUGCGCAACCUCAGGGUUGGCGGUCCCUAGCAGGCAUGGGGCACAGGUGCCAGUCUCCCUGGGUUAAUUGUUACACCAAGUCCAGAGUCUGCCCUCCUGGGGGGGGAU